AUGCAAUAAGCAAAUAACUCAACAAACAUUGACGACUACAGCAUGUCUCUUGAUUUUGGAGGAAGUCCGUACAGUCUACAGAACAACAAGCAGCUAAACUAAAGUUUUAAGCUUCCGAGUAACAGUAUGCUUAUUAAUAGCAGCUAGACAUAUGGAUUGAAUGAGGAUCUCUCUGUUUCAUUCAAGAAAUAUGAUCAGCAAUAAUUCUAAGGUAAUUAAGGAAUACAAAAAGUUGUACCCUCCACUCUUGAUGGCUAAUACGGAUAGUAAUAACAGUCUCCAUAUCGAGAUUUUUCAGUCGAUAAGCUCAACUAAAGACACAACAUACCUUCUUCUGGCGGAACCAAUCUCCAGCAAGAUAUAAACAGUUCGACGAAAAAUUUAAAUCCUUAAAUGAGUACACCUUAUCAUACUUACAAAGAAGGGGCUCAUCAAAUUAAAAAUCACGGAGCAGCCAUGCUGAGAAACCACAUAGGAGUAAACUAAAACAUCAUAAUGCUAAACAACUAGGGCUAGUCUGGUCAGACUAGUAUAAAGGCUAGUAUUAAUGGAGGUCUAGCCUUGCCUCCAUCUAUUGGGUCCACUAAUAUUGUACAUUCAAAGAAAAUUUUCUAGGAAAACAAUGUCCUGUAAAGCCCAGGUCUCAUGAAUUAAAAUAAGAAGUCCUCGAUAUUAGACAACAUCUAACCUAUCAGCAUUGAUAAGGGAAAUAUGAUGAUGUCAUAGGCACCGUAGUAAAACUUGAAUAACUCUCAAAUGAAUGCAACAAUGACUGGAAUGUUCAAUCAAGGUUAAUAAAAUUCAUAGUAAUAAUAGAUCUCUUCGAAUUUUACCUCGCCAUUGAUAAAUUCAACUAAGCAUAUGGGUUUGAAUGAUAUCUCAACAACUAGACCCAAUUAAGGCGUAUAAAACUAUAAAUAACAAGAAAGGCAGCUCUAGAGCUUUGCCAACAAAGAAUUAGAUGACUUCCUAAGAGAAGACUAUACAUAGAAUAAUAAAAGAAAUUAUUGA